AUGGACCAGUCUAUCAUUCGCAUCUCCAAGGAGCUGGGUGACAUCCAGAAGAACUGUGACUUGUCGCUCGCCGUAGCAUGUCGCGACAUCGAUGUUCGCAAUGUAAAGGCCCUGAUCAUGGGUCCCCAUGAGACUCCCUAUGAAUUUGGGUUCUUCGAGUUUGCCAUUCGGUUCCACAAAGAAUACCCUUCCAGAUCCCCGAGUGUAAUUUGUAUCACCACAAACGGGGGACGUUGUCGCUUCAACCCCAAUGUAUACAGCAAUGGGAAAGUCUGUCUAUCAAUUCUAGGAACAUGGCGUGGGGAGCGUGGAGAGGAGUGGUCAUCUGCGCAAGGACUUGAAUCAAUCCUAUUAUCCAUCCAAAGUCUCCUAUCGUCUAACCCCUACGAAAACGAACCGGGCUUCGAGGAUGCCAACGACGAAAGCGACAAGAAAAACCAAAAGGACUAUAUUCAAAAGAUUCGACACGAGACACUACGUAUCAGUGUCAUCCAACGUCUGGAAGGCUAUCUUGGAAUGAACCCCGGUGGCACCCAGUUGCACAGUCUUCCAGGAGCGGAUGACAUGGAUGAUGAUGACAUUGACGAGGCCACCGUCCCCUUCGAGCCUUUCAGAGACCUGUGCAAACGCCGCUUUCUUUGGUAUUACGAAUCAUACCUCGCUGCGAUCGAAAAAGGCAUAUCAGAGACCAAGCCCAACCAGCCUUUUGCAAGAAUGCCGUUCGAGUCGCCAGGAAACAACUCAAUGGAUGGGAAAUUCAACUAUCCCGAGCUCGGAACCCGCCUGCACACCAUCAAGGCUGCUAUCGACGCUGAGCCUGAGAGAUGGGCCGCGGAGGGCCUGGAAGCUAAGAAGAAGGAGACAACUGUUGCUGUUAAUCUUCAGCAUCAGUUCGAGCAGGUUGUUGAAGUAUUCAAACGAGGCGAUAUGCCACAUGACGUUUUUCUCGAGAACGAGAACCCCUUCGUCUGGGUCAUAACCUAUUUCGGACGUCCUAUGACCAACCUCGACGGUGGUUUGUUCAGAAUUAAAAUGAACUUCAGCGUCCGUUUCCCCGAAGAGCAACCUCGUGUCAAGUUCGAGACCAAGAUCUUUCACCACCACAUCGCUGCAGACGGUACAGCAUGCUACACUCCAAAUCCAAUGAAAAGGGAAGAUGUACGAUCACACAUUGAUGCCAUCUUUGCGAUCCUUGAAGAUGAUGAGCCAGCCUAUGACCCACGCAAAAUUGUGAACCCGGAAGCGACCAAGAUGUACUGGGGAGGAAGCCCAGACGACAAAAAGAAGUACAACCGACGGCUUCGCCGAUCCGUACAGCAGAGCAUGGAGGACUUCCCAGAGUAA